CAUCUUAUGAUAAUAUAAAGUUAAUUAUCUAAUAAUUAUAUGUUUAUAUUCUAAGGCAAUUAUUUACUAUUCUUAAACUUAUAUAACUUUUGUUCUUGAUUUUAUGUUUUCUCCAUGUUUAAUACGGUUCUUUUGUGUUCAAGGUCUGAGUCAUGUGUUGAAUAUGUAGAGAAAGCUGCAAUGCAUAGGCAUUCUAUGUGGUCAACUUUGGUUGUUGAUAUUCUCCUUGGAAACUUGGUUGGCUGGACAUUUUUAUAUCACAGAGAACCAAUUUGCCUUUCAGUUUUGAAUUUCAUGCAUGGAUUUUCAACUUUUUUGCGCUCUGGAUGUGUGUGGUUAAUGGGAAACCCUGCAGGAUUCAAAUUGAAUGCUGAGCUGGCUGGAGUAUUUGGCAUGGUUUCUUUGAAUGCAGUCCAGAUAUGGUCAACACUCUGGAUCUUUGUGGGUUUCGUCUUUAAUUAUAUUAUUCAAGGGCUUUCUGUUUUAGGAAUCCUUUGUGGAUUUACUGUACCUGCCGCUUUGAUCAUAGACACGAUUGCUCUUGCAACUCUUCAUGUUUCAACUCUACAUUGGUUCAUUUCACUUAUAUAUUCAUCACAGAUUAGGCAUUUGGCAGCCUUGUGGCGGCUUUUCAGGGGUCGAAAAUGGAAUCCUCUGAGGCGGAGGUUGGAUAGCUUUGAUUAUACAGUGAAGCAACAUAUUGUUGGAUCUCUAUUAUUUACGCCACUUUUACUUCUUUUACCAACUACUUCCGGUUCUAUAUAUUCUUUUUAGUAUCGUUGGACACAACCAUUAACCUAUUCUGUUCUACUGAUUGUGACUAGGAACUAUUCGAUUAUUCAUAUACCCUUAUACUAAGAUAGUUCUUUGGUGGUGAGGCGGGAAGAUUCCUUCUGGAAUAAAUAUGGCUUGGAAAUUAUCGGUUGUCAGAGUAUACUAGGUACCGUUUCUGCACAAAGUAUGAUUUUACGGAAUCGAAUGAAAGACCUUACCCAAGGAUUUCAAAUAGAGAACAAAUUAGUAUUCUAGUUUUCAGUGCUCCACAGCAAAACUACUUGAGACAUAGGUGAGGGGCUGAACUAUUGUGGGUUCGGAACUGAUGCUUCAUUUCGUGGUCAAGAUAUGUAUUUAUGUUGAUCAAUAGGGAAAUUGAAUAUGUGAUAUCAUGCGGUCAAUGUGUACUGUAGCGUUUUUUUUUAAUUAAAAAAAGUGUAAACUUUCUCUAUUAUUUUCUGGGGCUUUUACUUGAAGAAUUUAGAUAUAUAUUGUGAAUUAUCUGUGAUGUGUAAAUCGGCAGCAAUGUCUUUUGUUUUGUUAUCGUAAUUUCGCUUCUUCCUUGUUGCAUAUCAAGAUUAAAACAACACAUCAUGGAUCCUGACAUUUUAAAACAUUUUUAUGGAAUAUAUUUAAAAACUUGAUUGAUAUUUCACCUUUGCAUCAGACUGUUCUUCGUGAUUUUGAUAGUUGUGACCUGGGAGUGGCGACAAUUUGUAUUAUAUGCGUAGUUUCAUGGAACUAAUUAUGUACUUUGAAAUUGAUUAAAUUCAGGGAGAAAGUUAUCUUGCCUCACUACAAAACUGUAAUUUUGGGGAGUUUCUGGGUCAUCAUCUCUCCCAAGUGGCUUAUGGAAUCCUUAUUGGCAAAGGUUGUGU